AUGAGGCCGUCGCUACUCUCGAUCGCCUCGCAGGCUCUCGGCAUGUGCUCUGCCGUAUUAACAGGCACUAUCGUAGGUCGUCCUCCUACGUUUGUCAUUGAAUCUCACAAGAGAGACAAGCUUCAAGAUAUUGUGACCUGGGACGAGCACUCGCUCUUUGUCUACGGGGAGCGCGUGAUGAUUUUCUCUGGGGAGAUUCAUCCCUUUCGACUACCUGUCCCAUCCCUCUGGCUAGACCUUUUCCAAAAGGCCAAGGCGAUAGGUCUCAACACGGUAUCAUUCUACGUCGACUGGGCUCUGGUUGAGGGGAAAGCCGGCAACUUCAGCCCUGAGGGCGUCUUCGAUCUCCAGCCGUUCUUCGACGCCGCGACCAAGGCGGGCGUGUAUCUCAUUGCCCGGCCUGGGCCGUACAUCAACGCUGAGGUCUCUGGCGGCGGGUUCCCCGGCUGGCUGUCGAGGAUUCGAGGGAAGUUGAGAACCACGGACCCUGAAUUUCUUUCGGCGACAGAUAACUACAUGGCGAAGAUCUGCAGCAUCAUUGCCAAGGCUCAAAUCACCAACGGAGGACCAGUCAUUCUGUUCCAGCCAGAAAACGAAUACACAAACUUCGAGAACGGGAGUAGUGUUGAUGGGCAAUACUUUCAGUACGUCAUCGACCAGGCACGUAAAGCUGGAAUUGUCGUGCCACUCAUCAGCAACGAUGCCAGACCUCUGGGGCACAAUGCUCCUGGAACGGGCGUAGGGGCAGUGGAUAUCUAUCAACUCACCUCUGACGAGUCUAGGGAUAUGACGCCUACCCCUUGGGAUUUAAUUGCGUGUGUGGCCCUGCACUUCACCUUACACAACUUAGCAUCUCUUACUGAUAACCGAAACGCAGGCGAGUCCGAAUACUUUCAAGGUGGCUCGUUCGAUGCAUAUGGCGGGUCUGGUUUCGAAAACUGCGCAUCAUUAGUAAACCAUGAAUUCCAGCGCGUGGUUUACAAGAAUAAUUACGCGUCUGGUGUCACUAUAUUUAACAUCUACAUGCUUUUCGGGGGUACAAACUGGGGUAACUUGGGGCACCCAGGGGGCUAUACAUCUUAUGACUACGGGGCAGCGAUCACAGAAGAAAGAGGCGUUGGCAGAGAGAAGUUCUCCGAACUGAAGCUUGAAGCCCAGUUCUUGAAAGUCUCACCUUCUUAUUUGACCGCCACACCUCACAACUCAACGGUGGGUGUUUACAGCAAAACUCCAGACAUUACCGUGACGCCGCUUUUGGGAAAUAAGACGGGCUCGUUUUUCGUCGUACGCCAUAGUAACUACUCAAGCCUGGCCACGACAGACUAUACCGUGCGGUUGCCGACAUCCGAGGGAAACAUUACGGUCCCCCAAUUCCGCACGCUGCUUCAACUUGGACGCCGCGACUCCAAGGUCAUUGUCACUGACUAUCAAGUCGGCAACGUGACUCUCCUCUACUCGACCGCGGAGAUUUUCACGUGGAAAGAGUACAAAAGUCAGACGGUUCUUGUCGUUUAUGGUGGCCGCGACGAGACUCACGAGAUGGCGAUCAAGACGGCUGCGACGCCUCUCAUGGUCGAGGGCACCAGUGUUGAUCACAAUUAUGUCAACAAUACCUUGGUCUUGACGUGGACGACUUCGAAGACUAGGAGGGUUGUCCAAGUCGACCGUUUAUUUGUAUACAUCCUAGAUCGCAAUUCUGCGUACAAUUACUGGGUAACAGACAAGCCCGGCGGAGGCAGCCAACCUUCCUACGGAACGUCAAUCAUGAACCCCGAAUCUCUAAUCGUCAACGGCGGCUACCUUAUCAGAUCGUUCUCGAUCCAGGGCGGCACACUCAGGGUUGAAGGCGACUUCAACCGCACCACCGAGAUCGAAAUAAUUGGCGUCGAUGACGGGAUGGCCAAGUUAGAAGUCAACCGGAAACGAGUAGAGCACACAACAAACAACCUGACAAACUGGAUAGCUCGACCGUCCCUCGUGGACAGCCCCUUCGCCGUUCCAGACUUGAGGACGCUCAGCUGGACAUUCCUCGACUCGCUCCCGGAAAUCCGCCCGGGUUACGACGACUCCGCCUGGCCGCUCGCAAGCCACACCACCACGAACAACACCAUUGCUAACCUCACGACCCCUGUUUCCCUCUUCGCCUCGGACUACGGCUUCCAUGCGGGCACUCUUGUCUUCCGGGGCCACUUCGCCGCCGCCGGCACCGAAAACAAGCUCAGCAUCACAACCCAGGGGGGCGCGGCCUUCGCGAGCGCCGUCUGGCUCAACGACACCUUCCUUGGCUCCUUCGCCAACGGGCACGACGAUCCCGCGGGGGACAACAGCUCCAACUACACCAUGGCGAAUCUGACUGCCGGCGCGACGUACGUGCUCACCGUCCUCGUCGACACCAUGGGGCUCGAGGAGAACUUCCUCAUCCCGGCCGACGUGAUGAAGAAUCCGCGCGGCAUCAUGGAUUACAGCAUCACGUCGCCGUCUGGCGCACGGACGAACGUCUCGACGUGGAAGGUAACGGGGAACCUCGGCGGCGAGGACUACGCGGACCGGUCUCGGGGCCCGCUGAACGAAGGAGGUCUCUUCUUCGAGCGUCAGGGGUUCCACCUGCCCUCGCCGCCCGCGGCCGCGUUCACGGCGCAACGUUCGCCGUUCGACGGCACCGACGCCCCCGGCGUGGCGUUCUACGCCGCGACGCUCGACCUGCGUCUCCCCGCCUCGGACCUCGACAUUCCCUUGGCGUUCGUCCUGGAUGACAUCGCAACCAACGCGGACGCGGACGCGGACGCGACGGCGGCCUACCGGGCGACGCUCUACGUCAACGGUUUCCAGUACGGGAAGUACGUGAGCAACGUCGGCCCGCAGACGAGGUUCCCCGUGCCGGAGGGCAUCCUCCGGUACCAAGGGACCAACUGGGUCGGGCUGGCGGUCUGGGCUCUCGGGAGAGGCGGGGCGCGCGUGCGGGGGUUCCGGCUGGAUGUCGGGGAGGUGGUGACGACGGGGCGGGAGGAGGUGAGGAUUGUCGACGGCGCGAGCUGGAGCCAGAGGGCGGCGGCGUACUAG